AUGACCUCCAAAGACGACGCCAAGUGCCCUACGGUUAUGGAGGACCGGAGGCGCAGUCCGCUGGACCAUCUCCCGCCGCCGGCUAACUCUAACAAACCUCUCACGCCGUUUAGUAUAGAGGAUAUCCUGAACAAGCCUUCAAUGAAACGAAGUUACUCCAUCUGCGGGACAGCACAUCUGAUUUCCUCCAGUGAUAAGCUCCCCUCGUCGGGCCAUAGCCUCUCCAACCGGGGCCUCUUCACCCAAACAUCCCCACUGUGCGCUCUUGAAGAACUCGCCAGCAAAACCUUCAAGGGUCUUGAAGUCAGUGUACUUCAGGCAGCUGAAGGACGAGAUGGCAUGACAGUAUUUGGACAAAGAAAUUCUCAAAAGAAGCGCCGAAAAUCGCGUACAGCCUUCACCAACCACCAGAUUUACGAGUUGGAGAAGCGCUUCCUGUACCAGAAGUACCUGAGUCCGGCUGAUCGCGAUCAGAUAGCUCAGCAACUUGGCCUCACCAAUGCGCAGGUCAUCACCUGGUUCCAGAACCGGCGCGCCAAGCUCAAGCGAGAUCUGGAAGAAAUGAAAGCUGAUGUUGAGUCGGCUAAAGCAGUGGGAGUAGUCGCGUUCGAGAAAAUUGCCAAACUUGCGGAGUUGGAGAAAUGCGCAGCUAAUGGCGCUUUGGGGCACCCUGGGCCCGAAUCGCCGUUAUCCCAAUCGAACCAAGAGCGCGAUACACCGAACAAACUGCAAUUGUCCUCCCCCUCGUCCCCAUACACAGACCACACGAGUAGUAAAGGUUGUUCCGAGGAUGAGGAUGAAGAAAUUGACGUCGAUGACUAAGGAUUUCUUUGUCAGACGCAUCAAUCCGCUCACCAAGACUAUUUGAAGUGCCAAUUAAUGCACCAAUUUGUAGUAUUUUGUGAACUGAACACAGCAUGAACUGUCAUUAUGCAGCAGCUACAAAA